GCGUCGAGCUCGCCGCGAACCCAAGAUGGCGGUGUGUGGACGUGUACGGAGGAUGUUUGGCUUGUCGGCGGCGUUGCCGCUGUUGCUGCUAGCUGCAGCCGGGGCCCAGAACGGGCACAGCCAGGGCCAGGGUAUGGGGCCCAACUUGGCAUCUUUUCUAGGGCAAACUGGAGGCGGCAGCCCGGCAGGGCAGCAGCAGCCUCAGCUGUCUCAGUUAUCGCAACAGCAGCCCCAGCCGCCUCAGCAGCAGCAGCAGCAGCAGCAGCCUCCGUUCCCGGCGGGCGGGCCCCCGGCCCGGCGGGGCGGAGCGGGGCCCGGUGGGACUGGCGGAGGCUGGAAGCUGGCGGAGGAAGAGUCCUGCAGGGAAGACGUGACUCGUGUGUGCCCCAAACACACCUGGAGCAACAACCUGGCGGUGCUCGAGUGCCUGCAGGACGUGCGGGAGCCUGAGAAUGAAAUUUCUUCAGACUGCAAUCAUUUGUUAUGGAAUUACAAGCUGAACCUGACUACUGAUCCCAAAUUUGAAUCUGUGGCCAGAGAAGUUUGCAAGUCAACUAUAUCAGAGAUUAAAGAAUGUGCUGAAGAACCAGUUGGUAAAGGUUACAUGGUUUCCUGCUUGGUGGAUCACCGAGGCAACAUAACUGAAUAUCAAUGUCACCAAUACAUUACCAAAAUGACAGCUAUCAUUUUCAGUGAUUACCGUUUGAUUUGUGGCUUCAUGGAUGACUGCAAAAAUGAUAUCAACAUUUUGAAAUGUGGCAGUAUCCGUCUUGGAGAAAAGGAUGCACAUUCACAAGGUGAGGUGGUAUCGUGUUUGGAAAAAGGCCUGGUGAAAGAAGCAGAAGAAAAAGAGCCAAAGAUUCAAGUCUCUGAACUCUGCAAGAAAGCCAUUCUCCGGGUGGCUGAGCUGUCCUCGGAUGACUUUCAUUUAGACCGUCAUUUGUAUUUUGCUUGCCGAGAUGAUCGGGAGCGCUUUUGUGAAAAUACACAAGCUGGUGAAGGAAGAGUGUAUAAAUGCCUUUUUAACCAUAAAUUUGAAGAAUCCAUGAGUGAAAAGUGUAGAGAAGCACUAACUACACGCCAAAAGCUCAUUGCCCAGGAUUAUAAAGUCAGUUAUUCACUGGCCAAAUCCUGUAAGAGUGACUUGAAGAAAUACCGGUGCAAUGUGGAAAACCUUCCUCGGUCCCGGGAAGCCAGGCUCUCCUACCUUCUGAUGUGCCUGGAGUCAGCUGUGCACAGAGGGCGACAGGUGAGCAGUGAGUGCCAAGGGGAGAUGCUAGAUUAUCGACGCAUGCUGAUGGAAGAUUUCUCUCUGAGUCCUGAGAUCAUCCUGAGCUGCCGAGGGGAGAUUGAACACCACUGUUCUGGACUACAUCGGAAAGGGCGAACCCUCCACUGUCUGAUGAAAGUAGUUCGGGGUGAAAAAGGGAACCUUGGAAUGAACUGCCAGCAGGCGCUUCAGACACUGAUUCAGGAGACUGACCCUGGAGCAGAUUACCGCAUUGAUCGAGCUUUGAAUGAAGCCUGUGAAUCUGUAAUACAGACAGCCUGCAAACACAUACGAUCUGGAGACCCAAUGAUUCUUUCGUGUCUGAUGGAACAUUUAUACACAGAGAAAAUGGUGGAAGACUGUGAACACCGUCUCUUAGAGCUGCAGUAUUUUAUCUCUCGGGAUUGGAAGUUGGACCCUGUUUUAUACCGGAAAUGCCAGGGAGAUGCUUCUCGCCUUUGCCAUACCCAUGGUUGGAAUGAGACCAGUGAACUUAUGCCUCCUGGAGCUGUGUUUUCUUGCUUAUACAGACAUGCCUACCGUACAGAAGAACAAGGGAGGAGGCUUUCACGAGAAUGCCGAGCUGAAGUACAAAGGAUCCUACACCAGCGUGCCAUGGAUGUUAAGCUGGAUCCUGCCCUCCAGGAUAAGUGCCUGAUAGACCUUGGGAAAUGGUGUAGUGAGAAAACAGAGACUGGGCAGGAGCUUGAGUGCCUCCAGGACCAUCUUGAUGACUUAGCUGUGGAAUGCAGAGACAUAGUGGGCAACCUCACCGAGUUAGAGUCUGAGGAUAUCCAAAUAGAAGCCUUGCUGAUGAGAGCCUGUGAGCCUAUAAUUCAGAACUUUUGUCAUGAUGUGGCAGACAACCAAAUAGAUUCUGGGGACCUGAUGGAGUGUCUGAUACAGAACAAACACCAGAAGGACAUGAAUGAGAAGUGUGCCAUUGGAGUCACUCACUUCCAGCUGGUGCAGAUGAAGGAUUUUCGAUUCUCUUACAAGUUCAAAAUGGCCUGCAAGGAGGAUGUGUUAAAACUUUGUCCCAACAUAAAAAAGAAGGUUGAUGUAGUGAUCUGCCUGAGCACCACCGUGCGCAACGACACUCUGCAGGAAGUCAAGGAGCACCGGGUAUCACUGAAGUGCCGCAAGCAACUCCGUGUGGAGGAGCUGGAGAUGACGGAAGACAUUCGUUUGGAACCAGAUCUGUAUGAAGCCUGCAAGAGUGACAUCAAGAGCUACUGUUCUACAGUACAGUAUGGAAAUGCUCAGAUUAUUGAAUGUCUGAAGGAAAACAAGAAGCAGCUGAGCACCCGCUGCCACCAGAGAGUAUUUAAGCUUCAGGAGACAGAGAUGAUGGACCCAGAACUAGACUACACACUCAUGCGAGUCUGCAAGCAGAUGAUUAAGCGGUUCUGUCCAGAAGCAGAUUCCAAAACCAUGUUACAGUGCUUGAAGCAAAAUAAAAACAGUGAAUUGAUGGAUCCCAAAUGCAAACAGAUGAUAACCAAGCGCCAGAUCACCCAGAACACAGAUUACCGCUUAAACCCUGUGCUAAGAAAAGCCUGCAAAGCCGACAUUCCUAAAUUCUGUCAUGGUAUCCUAACCAAGGCAAAGGAUGAUUCGGAGCUGGAAGGUCAAGUCAUCUCAUGCCUCAAGCUGAGAUACGCUGACCAGCGCCUGUCUUCAGACUGUGAGGACCAGAUCCGCAUCAUCAUCCAGGAGUCCGCUCUAGAUUACCGUCUGGAUCCUCAGCUCCAGCUGCACUGCUCAGAUGAGAUUGCCAACCUGUGUGCUGAAGAAGCAGCAGCCCAGGAGCAAACGGGCCAAGUGGAAGAAUGCCUCAAGGUUAACCUGCUCAAGAUCAAGACAGAGCUGUGUAAAAAGGAAGUGUUAAACAUGUUGAAGGAGAGCAAAGCAGACAUUUUUGUGGACCCAGUUCUUCACACAGCAUGUGCCUUGGACAUUAAACACCACUGUGCAGCCAUCACCCCUGGCCGAGGGCGUCAGAUGUCCUGCCUAAUGGAGGCCUUGGAAGAUAAGCGGGUGAGGUUACAACCAGAGUGCAAAAAGCGCCUCAAUGACCGAAUUGAAAUGUGGAGUUAUGCCGCCAAGGUGGCCCCAGCAGAUGGCUUCUCUGAUCUUGCCAUGCAAGUGAUGACAUCCCCUUCGAAGAACUACAUCCUGUCUGUGAUCAGUGGGAGCAUCUGCAUAUUGUUCCUGAUCGGCCUGAUGUGUGGGCGGAUCACGAAGCGCGUGACACGAGAGCUCAAGGACAGGUAGAGCCACCUGACCACCAAGGAACUACCUGCCCAGGGCCCAGUUUGUACAGCUUCCUGUAUAGUGCACCCUCUCACUUCGUCCUCUACGAGGUGGCACCAACACCCACAGUAGAGCAGCAUCAGGUGCCCACUGCAUCUUCCCAUCCAGACUUGGCCACAUCCGCGGUGUCCUCCUCCUCCCAGCUGUCGUUGCAGCAUUGGCAGCUGGCUGCUUUGGUGGUAGCCUUUGUUGGCGAAGGGUUUACCUGCCUGUAGACAAUUCUGUCAUACCAACAGACCUGCCAGUACUUCCAGAACUGACUCACCUGACCUGCAACUCAGAGUUUUUUAAAAACGAAACAAACAAAAAAAGACAAAAAAAAAAUUAAAGAAAGGAAAAAGUAUGUAUAUAGUAGCCCAUCUCCUUCAGUCUUGACUCUAGCAGUAGGGCUAUUUCCUUCACGGAAAUGCAGCAGGUGACAGCAGGACUCGGAGGAGCUGUGCAUAUCCGGUGCCUGAUCAUUGAAAUGUCUGGUUCCUCUCCUAAAAGCAACUUUGAGCCACAUCAGGGCAGGGGACUUCACCAAGUAGAGGGGAAACUAAGCAGCCUGCCCUGGAUCCUGUUUGCCUCUGCUGCAGCGUGAUGCCUUCCAUCUCCUACCCCAGAUGAGCCACUGCUGUCCACAGCCCCAUAGCGACAGGCAUUCCUGUGGUCUCCCCACUUCAGUGCAGAGGCAAGAGGACUAGGGAGGGAUCAGAAGUCUGUGCAGCAGGAUGUCCGCUGAUCUGCACGAAGGUCUGUUCUUAAGCCUGGGGUUGCCCUCGAAGUUCUCUACCUCAGCAGGAAGUCCUUACUAGGUUGGGGUGUGGGACUUCUGAGAUGAGGGUGAGAGGGGCCGUGUAAGGAGGGGCAGGUGGUAGACGCAUUUCACUUCAUCUUUUGAGCUAUAGUUCAGGCCGGAAAUGGUGGCUUCUAAAGACUGAGCAUGGUCUCAAGCGUGUGACUGGCAGUGAAGCCUGACUUCUGUAAAUGCCAGGCAGACCUCCCAGACAAGCUCUUUUGUGCCUCUAUAUGAAGGGAGGUGGAAAGUGAUGAUGGCAUUAAAAGAUGGAGGAUUUUCUCCGUUGGUUUUUCCUUCCUUUCUUUUUCUUUCAUUUAUUUGCUGUGUGUACCCACUCUAGUAGGCACUGGCUGAAUGUUAUAUUUUGGUGAUUUGUCAACUUUCCAUAAUCUGAGCUUUACAGGAGCAAGGUUCCCAGCCAUCUUUCCUCAUUCCUCCAGUGUGGGGAUGACAGGGUUAGGGCCUAAGAGGGAGGAACCCAGGCAUUGCAUUCACCUUUGAGUUGGGCCAUGGUGUCACAGUGGCUGUACAGAGGGUGGCAUGUACAGUAGGAGAUAUAUUUAUAUAAUAUAUAUUUUAUUAACCUGUUAGAUGUCCACAAAGUAUUAUAAAUCAUGUGCCUAAAAACUGUCCACUUGACCCAGGCCCCGUGGCGGUGCCCUUUCCGCUCCUGGCUCCCAUUCAGACCUACAAGUGCUGCCGCACUGAGUGCCACCUUCCCUGAGGUGCGUUCAGUGCGAGCUGCGGCAGCUACAGAUCAGCUGCUCCAAAUCACUCCUGGUCUGACCCGGCCGACAUGCAUUUGAAUACUGUGGUUUUCUUUUCUGCUGCCCUUUCCCAUGGCAGAGAGUUCCAGGCCAGCUAUAUGUCCCUGCAUAGGGUUAUAGAAGUCACCAAGGGAGCUGCCUGCCAAGCUACCUGGUUCCCUGUACUGCUUUCAGAGUCUCCUGAUUCUCAGCAGCCUACUUGGGAUUUUUAAGUUUGAUGAGACUUAAAAUCCUUGCUCUGUAAGCAGCACCCUCCACUGCUCACUGGCUUAAAGCUCCUCCCUCCUUCCACUUAAAGUCUCAGUGUCACACUGGGCUGAUACCCAGAACUGCAAACAUUGUUGAAAGUAGCCCUGAUGCCCUUGUGAUGCAGGGUCACAUUGAUGUUCUCCAAUAGGCUAGGGCAGGGGCCUGCUUCUAGCAUGUCAUGGUGUUUCUGUUUGUGCACUGACAGGAAUCCUCAUCGCCUGUAGAUUGGGAGGUUGGAUGAGUUAGGUUCUUAAAAUGUUUGUCAUUAGCCAGGCAGUAGUAGUGUAAGCCUUUAAUCCCAGCACUCAGGAGGCAAAGGUAGGAGGAUCUCUAAGUUCAAGGCCAGCGUGGUCUACUGAGUGAGUUCUAGAACAGCCAGGGAAACCCUGUCUUGGAAAAGGAAAAAAAAAAUGUGAUUAAAAAUGGUCAGAAUAGAAAAGAUAGCUAUUAGUGUCUUGAAUUGCUUAGUACAAGGAAGUGUUCAUCUUCCUUGAAGUAGCUCUUACGGCUGGCUCUUGCCGUAGACUGGUCUUGAGCAGGUUUUCCUAGUCUAUGUGCACAGGGCCCAGUGUUGUCCACUCUGUAGCUUUGGGCAUAGGAGAGUGGGCUCUAGGCACUCAAGCCCCUGCUCACAAGUCAGUCCUGGUUUAAAUUAGAUAGUCGUGAGCUAGUCAAGAGCCCUGACCCUGCGGUGGGAGCCAAAGUCUGAGCCGAGUAGUCAGGGGGUUUGGACCAAGGCUUCAGCAGCCAGGUCACUGUGGUCUAGUUUGCCGGCUCAAGCCCGUGACUUGGGGACUGUUAGCGCUCCACUGCUGCCUUUUGCCGCUUCAGAGAACCAGAGCCCUGGCCAGGGCCUCUGUGGCCAGUGAGUCCAGAACCAAACUAACCGUCCUCUCUGAUGGGCUUUCCUAGUGAAGGAACACCUCAGGAGACAUUUAUUUACCAGGGUGCAUCCCUGGCCUUGAUUGCUGUUGCUGCUGUCAGAAGUCUGACUCUGGGAAAGUCCAUUCCCAGAGAGCAGCUAGCUACCAUUUCCAGUCCUGGUUCUGUGGGUCAAGUCAGCAUGCUGAGCCACUGCAUAUGUAGGUAGGGGCACUCGAGGGCCACUGAUGAAGUGGUCACAUUUAGUGGUACCAUGACUGCCAUUUCCUGCUCUUAGAUAAGAGAAUCCAGGCCAGCAUGGGGUCAGAAAUAUAUGAGGAAGAGUCAGUCCACUGUCCCAGAUGAAUCGACAGAAAGUUACUACCCAAAUUAUGUCUUCCUGUCUCCUGAAGUCAACACUCUAGGUCGGGGUUGUGAGAGCAGUGCCCUCAGCCUUACUGAGAUAGCAUUCACUCGUGGAUCAGUGUGAAUUCCAGAGCUCUCCAUGCCCCCUUAGAGGCUUUGGGACAUUUCUGGGCUCUCCUGGCUGGUGUCAGGUUCUUCUGAAAAGGUACCUCCCCUUCCAUUCUUUCCCCUGUCCCAAAACAAAAACAAACUUUCUCCACUUGCACCAGGCUCAGUAGCUCAGAAGGAUGAUAGCUGCGUGCAGAAGUCCAGCCCAGUCUGGCCCUGCAGAACGUAGAGAAAGUGGUGGCUUUUCAAGACAGGGCUCCUCUUGUAGCUUUGGAGCCUGUCCUGGAACUCACUCUUGUAGACCAGGCUGGCCUCAAACUUAUGGAGAUCCACCUGCCUCCUGAGUGCUGGAAUUAAAGACAUGCACCACCACCGCCCAACUCAGGUGGUGACUUUUUGAAUUAUAUGCCUCUUGGAAGUUUAUGUUUCAGCUUCUUGUGAAUUUGGAAAUACAAAGCUCAGAAUGCCCUCUUGGGUUUCUCUGCCCUACUUGGUUUCGGCUCUCAAAGGGCUGCACCUGCUUUUCUGGCUCCCCUUCCUUCCAUGGAGCUUUGAUUUGCCAUCUGUCCAGCCAUACUUUCCCCUGGCCUCUCCAGUUUCACCUGUUAAUCAAGUUUAACGUCAAAUUGCCCUUCUUGCUACCCAGUUCUCAGACAACAGAGUUGCAAACCAAGAUUAAACCUGAAAGUGAGCAACAUCCAGACUCCUGACUUCUGGAGGCGGGAGAGGGGAGGCUCAGGCUGUUUGUCACCUAAAACACAAAGAUACAGCUGUCCGCACAGGCAGCAGGCAGUGACAGGAUCCUGACAGGGUUCUUCUGUGACCUCUUUACCCCUACUUGAGCACUGAGCGCUAGACAGUGGACAGUGAAGAGCUUCCUAGGAGAGGAGAUGGGCUGACCAUGCCUCUAGGCCAUGUUUCGCCUUUUCCCAACCCAAAGCUGACAUAAGAACCUCAGAGCAUGGAGUCCUUCGCUAGAAUAGGUCCCGGAUCACCUGGCCGUGCAGUGGGUGGCAGCGGGCUUCCUGGUGGCCGUGCAGUGGGUGGCAGUGGGCUUCCUGGUGGCCAUGCAGUGGGUGGCAGCGGGCUUUCUGGCGGCAGUGCAGGGGGUGGCAGUGGGCUUCCUGGUGGCCGUGCAGGGGGUGGCAGUGGGCUUUACUGCCAGCACACAGGUCAGUCCCUGCAGGAAGGCGGAAUGCACAGUGAGUGCCGUGCCAGAUCUCGGGCCUCUAACCUGUUUUUGCUUUUCAUUUUUAUUUUUUAUUUUUUUUGUUUUGUUUUUUGAACAAAAAGUACAAUUAACAAGCCUCUUUUGUAAAUGGAUUUUUUUUCUAUGUAUAAACCCCCGCAGUUCCUUGUUUUUACAUGUUCAUGCUGUGUAAUUUCCAGAUGUUACUGAGAUUCUGAACAUAAUGUGCAUUUUUUUUCUGUACAGAUGAAAUGGGAGAAUUUAAUAAAGAGUUUGCAGGUUUGUA